UGGCGUCUAGAACUACAUGAAAUCAUUAGUGAUGUAUAGUUAUGAAUUUAUUUAUAUAAAAACAUGUCACAAAAGCCUUCUGCACGACGUAGCGGUGCCCAAAAAAUUAGACUAACAAUUUUAUGUGCAAGAAAUUUAGCCCGGAAGGAUUUAUUUCGUUUACCUGAUCCAUUUGCUAAGAUAUCAGUAGAUGGCUCAUCUCAAGUGCACUUAACAGAAACAUGUAAAGGAACAUUGGAGCCUAAGUGGAAUUCUUAUUAUGAUCUUUAUUUGGAACGAGAUGAUGUAAUUAAAGUCAGUGUUUGGAAUAACAAAAAAAUACACAAAAAGGAAGGCAGCGGAGGAUUUUUAGGAUGUGUCAAAAUAGCAAAUCCAACCAUCCAGAGGCUCAAGGAUACUGGUUAUCAAUGUCUGGAACUAGGAAAGAUGUCCGCAGAGGAUACAGAUCCAGUAAAAGGUGAAAUAAUUGUGUCAUUGUUAUCACGAGAUGGUCCAUGUGGAGGAACACCUUUGGCUGUUGUUGGUCCUGGUGGUGAUCUUCGUGGGCCUUCAGGUGAUUUGCAUAGUCCACUUGAAGCUGAUGAAGCACCUGUUCCUUUGCCCAGUGGCUGGGAAGAAAGAUUUGACAAAAAUGGAAGAUUAUAUUAUGUAAACCAUGUUGCCAGAAUUACCCAAUGGGCUCGACCUUCACCCAAUGUUUCCCAGACACAGACAUCUUCAACGUUUACAGUAACUACUCCUUCUUCUGAGCCAAAACCUUCCCGGAUAACUACCCCUACUUCUCCAAGCUCAGCACACGUUACCGAAAACUCAAGACAUAGUGUGAUUGCUGAUGUAGUUUUGAAUUCGAAUGAAGAUAACAAUGUCAGUCAACAUCGUCCGAUUCUAAUGAGCACAGACAGCAGUGAAUUGAAUGAUUCAACUCAAUUAGCAAGUCCUAGCUCUAGUUUAAGUCCCAUAAGCCCCACAAGUCCAAUAAAUAAUAAACCUAUCAUAGAGCAGUCAAAUAGACAAUGCAAGUCUCCAAGGAAUUCUAUUAUAAAUACUACUACAGUAGCACCCAAUGAGCGACAAAAUAAUAAUACACCUUUAGUAAAUUCAACUCCUAUAAAUGAUAGAAUAAAUAAUAGCUGCACGAGCCAUCUACCUGAGAAUAGAAAUAAUACUGAAACUGCUGUUAGAAAUGAUAGUGCAAAUAAUUCUUUAAAUAAUCAUGAAGAUAUUCAAGAAAAUCAAAAUAGAAGUCAGCAGAAUACCCCCAGGCAAUCAGAAACUGGAAGAGGCCGGAGAAUAUCAAGAAAUUUAGAGGACUAUAUUUCUGGUCGUAGGAGGUCUGGUCGGGGUUCUCGUAAUUCCACUGUACCUGCAAGCAAUACAAAUAAUAGAUUAACCACUCGACCUGCUGUUGAUUUACCACCAGGAUAUGAGGUGCGCACUACCUUACAAGGUCAAGUUUAUUUCUUUCAUACACCUACUGGUGUAUCAACAUGGCAUGAUCCUAGAGUUCCUCGAGAUUUGGACCCUCAAGCUUUAUCUGUUGAUGCUUUAGGACCCUUGCCUCAUGGCUGGGAGCUAAGACACACCCAGACUGGACGAGUGUAUUAUGUGGAUCAUAAUAAUAGAACCACUCAAUUCACAGAUCCCAGAUUGAAUGGAGCUGUAAUUAAUAAUUUAAUGAGGAGACAAAAUAAUAAUUCAGUAACUAGUUCAAGAAAUUCUGAUAACAGAGCAGUUAAUGCAGAAACCAGGCUGCCUACUAAUAGUACGAGUCAAACACCUUUACGACCGGGUCCGCAGAUUCCUUCUUCAGCAACAGUGACCCGCACAGAGCAAUUGCCUAAGGGAUUAUCCGAAGGACAAGAAUUGUUGCCUAAAUAUAAACGUGAUUUAGUUGGUAAGUUGAAAGCUCUGAAGUCAGAAUUACAAGCUUUACAACCGCAGUCUGGACAUUGUCGCUUAGAAGUGUCUCGAACUGAAAUAUUUGAGGAGAGUUAUAGACUGAUAAUGAAAAUGAGAGCAAAGGAUAUGAGGAAAAGAUUAAUGGUUAAAUUUCGUGGAGAGGAGGGUUUGGAUUAUGGUGGAGUAGCCAGAGAAUGGCUGCAUUUGUUGUCUCGUGAAAUGCUUAACCCACAAUAUGGGCUUUUUCAAUAUAGCCGGGAUGAUCACUAUACUUUGCAAAUUAAUGCUGAAUCAGGUGUGAAUCCAGAGCAUCUAUCAUAUUUUCAUUUUGUUGGAAGAAUAUUAGGCAUUGCAGUUUUUCAUGGCCAUUGCUUAGAUGGUGGUUUCACUAUGCCUUUUUAUAAACAAUUAUUAUGUAAACCUACCACUUUAAGCGACAUAGAGGGAGUAGAUCCUGAGCUGCAUAGAAGUUUAACUUGGAUGUUGGAGAAUAAUAUAGAUGGGAUUAUAGAUACAACCUUUAGUGUCGAAGUAAAUAGUUUCGGUGUACUAAAGGUUCAUGAACUUAAACCAGGUGGUGCAGCCAUUGUUGUAACAGAAGAUAAUAAACGUGAAUAUGUAAAAUUAUAUGUUAAUUAUCGUUUUAUGAGGGGCAUUGAACAACAAUUUUUGAAUUUGCAUAAAGGGUUCUGUGAAUUAGUUCCAUCACAUUAUUUACGACCAUUUGAUGAGCGAGAAUUAGAACUUAUAAUAAGCGGAAUUAGUAAGAUAGAUGUAGCAGACUGGAAGGCACACACACGACUUAAACAUUGUGUUCCUGAGUCUCCACAAGUUAUUUGGUUCUGGCUGGCUGUUGAGUCCUAUACAGAAGAAAUGCGAGCCAGAUUAUUGCAAUUUGUAACCGGUUCCUCAAGAGUUCCAUUACAAGGGUUUAAAGCUCUUCAAGGAUCAACUGGGGCGGCAGGACCUCGAUUAUUUACCAUCCAUUUAACUGCAGAUGUUCCUGUACAAAAUUUACCAAAAGCUCACACAUGCUUCAAUAGAAUAGAUAUGCCUCCAUAUGAUAGUUAUCAAUUAUUAUAUGAUAAACUAACUCAAGCUGUUGAAGAAACUUGUGGUUUUGCAGUGGAAUAAUAGAUAUAUUGCAAUUCUCAUACAUUUGUUAGGAGUUGUAUGAUCUGGAGGUCCAUAAAACAGUCUCCUGUACUAAUAAAAUUGUUAUAUUCCAUAAAUCAUUCACGGUGGAAUGUUCACUUCAGCAUGCAUAUAAAUGAGAGGUAUGUGUUUGAAAUUAUAGCUAACUUGCAAAUCAAAUCAGUGGCCCGAAAUUUUCAUAGUAGAAAACAAUUAGAUUUUCAGUAAUAAUUAUAAAUUCAUUCUUCAUCAGUUUGAGAUGUCAAUUGAGUAUUAAAUUGAUUUGGUUGGCUCAUUUAUAAAACUCCUCUAAAUGUAUAAGAGCUAGUAAUUUCCUAAUCCAGAAGGAUACACAAUUAUAAUUUGUAAUGAUGCAUUGCAUUAUCUACAAAUCUAAUCAUUAAUUAUUAAUACUAAGGCGUUGUGAAAUUUUGCAUCUGUUGGGGUACCGUUAUAAAGCUUUUACAUAUCAAGACAAGCAUUUUGUGUGAUGCACAAAGUGCCUUUGUUGUUUUUUUGUAUGUGAAAUUGAUUUGUAUAAUGCUCAAAUAUCAUUUAGUUUUUAUGUUUUAUAUAUGACCACUUAUUACUAUAUUAAAAAAUAAAGUGGAUUCAUAAUGUGCAUAUUAUGUAAAUAUAAUGUAGAUAUAUGAAAUGCUAGAUUCUAA